AUGGGAGACGAUCUCCUUGAAGAAGUUCUCAUUCGCAGCUUCCCGAAUCCAAGAUCCGCCUGCCGCAGCAAACCUGUAUGCAAGCGGUGGAACUCCCUCAUCUCCAACGCUCGCUUCAAUCGCCGUUUCGUUUCUCAUCACCGCCAUGACGACAGGAACGGAGCAGAAUCACCACCACCUCGAAUUCUUCUCUCGAAGGACGAACCCCUGCCAUCGCUCCUGAGUUGCUUUCUCCCCGUACCCGACGGGCUUCGAUCCCACUUCAUAAUCUGGGAUUCCUUCAAAGACUUGCUUCUGUGCGAAUUUCAGAAGACGCGGGGCGAACUGGACAGGUUGUUCUUGAUUUGCAAUCCGUUCACGAAGCAAUGGGUCGCCCUUCCUUCAGCGCCCGAAGUUUCUGAACACAGGAGGCCGUACGUAACAAAGGAGGUGAAAUUGGUCUGCGAAGAAGCUCGCAACAGUUUCGAUCUCGGCGAUGGCCAGUUGUUUGUGUACUCCGAUUUUCAUCGAUUCCGCGUCCUCUGCGGAUAUGCAACGAAGGAGGAGUACUAUUUCGAAAGCCGGUCAGAACUGCACGUGUUUUGUUCCGAGUCUCGAGAAUGGUCGAGGAUAAAGGGCGUGCAUCUUCGACCUAGGGCAACGUGUUUGGAUGGGAAGUUGUAUUGGGUGCAGCAUGGUGAAGAAAUAAAUUUUUGA